GUUUUCAGCGUCAUCCUUUGACAGGCGGCUGUUUGUUUCUGUCAGGAUUUCUUCACUUCUUUCUUCGUUAUGUCGCGAUACGGGCGACACGGAGGCGAAACGAAGUUGUACGUGGGUAACCUGGGCACCGGGGCAGGGAAGGGUGAGCUGGAGCGGGCAUUCGGUUAUUACGGGCCACUGAGGACGGUGUGGAUCGCUCGCAACCCGCCGGGAUUCGCCUUCGUGGAGUUUGAAGAUCCCAGAGACGCUGAGGACGCCGUCAGGGGCCUCGAUGCCAAGGUGAUCUGCGGCUCUCGCGUGCGCGUCGAACUCUCCACCGGAAUGCCGCGGCGUUCCCGCUUUGACCGUCCACCGACCCGGCGUCCCUUCGACCCCAGCGACCGCUGCUACGAGUGCGGCGAGAAGGGCCACUACGCUUACGACUGCCACCGCUACGGCCGGCGGCGCUGGAGCAGGUCUCGCUCCCGUUCCCACUCCCGCUCCCGCUCUAGGUCCAGAGGGAGGAGAUACGGGCGCUCUCGCAGCCGCAGCAGAGGGAGAAGGUUCAGAUCUUACUCUCCCCGUCGUUCUCGCUCUGGUUCUCCAAGACGCUCCAGAUCUGUGACGCCCAAACGCUCCAAGUCCAGGUCCCGCUCCCGAUCCGGCUCGGCUCCCAGGAGCAGGUCUGGAUCAGUCAGGAGAUCCAAAUCUGGCUCUCCGGCUAGGAGUCAGAGCCCCGCAGGGAGUGAGAGUCCAGAGCGAGACGACUGACGCUCCUGCUGUUCUUUUCCAAGCACCUCAGUUUGUUACCAGACGUUUACUGCAGAACAUUUAAAGUAAUUAUUCAAAAUGCGAGUUUGAUUGUAAGGAAGCUCUAAUGAGGAGCGGAAUAUUUUGAGUUGAUUUCUCUGUAGCUGAAGAGAGAGUUGGUGUGAUUUUGUACCUUUUUUGUUGUUGCACACACACACACACACACAUUGGUUGGGGUUUUGUAUGUGUGUAUUAAAUGAAGUGAAAAGGCUUUGCUGUCUGUGAGAUUUCUUCAUGCGCUGAAGACGCUGUUCCAGCAGGUGGCGCGGUCGUUCAGCACACUGGUUUCCCAGAAUAGACCGCUUGCAACCCAUUGAGAGAUCUCUGCACCAAUGCAACCAAAACCUGAACACAGACACAUGGCAUCAAAACAGUAGAGUUUGUGUGUCUUCCUGUCGUCUGCUCUGUUUCUCAAGUGUCCUCGCGUGCGUGCGCUUCAGCAGAUGCUC